ACCAAAAACAUGGCGACCAAUUUCCUUUUCGCCGUCAUACACGUCGUAAAAACGGCGUGUGGUCUCCAUAACACUCCAGAACAUCGGGAGUUUAAGCUCAUAACACCCAAUAUGACUUUUGAAGAUGUAGAGAUAAUGUUUUUGUGCGAGCCGGGGUCUAUAUCCGAGAUUGACAUGUCAACAUCCGACAAUGGGCCAUGGACCCGUUUGUAUGAAAAACAGCUGUACGACAUUCCUGUCGUACAGUUCAUCGGGAAAUUCUCCGCCUUUUUGUGCAUCAGAGUAAGGUGUGUGACGAACAACAACAAAACUGGCACUGACACACCACCUGACUGCAGCGACGCUGGUACUAGCAAGACUGGCGACAAAAACGUUUUUGAAAUGCAGGCAGAAAGAACAGCUCCACCUUCACGUCCUAAAAAACAAACUACAAGAAUGGAAGGCGACAAGGGACAAGGGGUCUUCAGGUGCAAGAUGAUGUUUGAUGAUUUAGACACUAGAAGAUCUGACACCAGAGAUGAGCCUGAUUUAAAGGCAAUGGGUGUGGCAACUCUCUCCAUGCCAGAUGCUUCAGUUGUGAAACCGGUUCUAGAUCACACAUCACAACCAGUGGUUGUCGAAGCGGUAGAUUCACACGGAUCAGGGCCAUCAGUGUCCUUGUCGGGUAGAACAGAAAAGAUUAAAGCUGAAAAUGACGGUAAAAAAGAACCACAUCAAACAAAAUGCAAAUGUGUGGCUAAAUUUGAAAAGGAGAUGAUCUGUCAGAACAUGUUUUUAUAUGAAGAAGUUGAAGAACAUGUAAUGAGGACAGAACCAUUUAACAAAAAGUCCAGGGAAGAGGGGGAAGACCCCGCUCAAGUUCAACCCUCUGAAGCCGGUGGAUACACCACUCCAGUUCAACCCUCUGAAGCCGGUGGAUACCCCGCUCAAGUUCAACCCUCUGAAGCCGGUGGAUACCCCGCUCCAGUUCAACCCUCUGAAGCCGGUGGAUACCCCGCUCCAGUUCAACCCUCUGAAGCCGGUGGAUAUCCCACUCAAAAUCAACCCUCUGAAGGUGGUGGAUUCCCCGCACCAGUUCAACCCUCUGAAGCCGGUGGAUACCCCGCUCCAGUUCAACCCUCUGAAGCCGGUGGAUACCCCGCUCCUGUUCAACCCUCUGAAGCCGGUGGAUACCCCGCUCCAGUUCAACCCUCUGAAGCCGAUGGAUACCCUGCUCCAGUUCAACCCUCCGAAGCCGGUGGAUACCCCGCUCAAGUUCAACCGUCUGAAGCCAGUGUAUACCCCGCUCAAGUUCAACCCUCUGAAGCCGGGGGAUACCCUGCUCCAGUUCAACCCUCUGAUGCCGGUGGAUACCCCGCUCAAUUUCAACCCUCUGAAGCCAGUGUAUACCCCGCUCAAGUUCAACCCUCUGAAGCCGGGGGAUACCCCGCUCAAGUCCAACCCUCUGAAGCCGGUGGAUACCCCGCUCAAGUUCAACCCUCUGAAGCUGGUGGAUACCCCGCUCAAGUUCAACCCUCUGAAGCCGGUGGAUAUCCCACUCAAAAUCAACCCUCUGAAGCCGGUGGAUUCCCCGCUCCAGUUCAACCCUCUGAAGCCGGUGGAUACCCCGCUCAAGUUCAACCCUCUAAAGCCGGUGGAUACCCCGCUCAAGUUCAACCCUCUGAAGCCGGUGGAUACCCCGCUCCAGUUCAACCCUCUGAAGCCGAUGGAUACCCUGCUCCAGUUCAACCCUCUGAAGCCGGUGGAUACCCCGCUCAAGUUCAACCGUCUGAAGCCAGUGUAUACCCCGCUCAAGUUCAACCCUCUGAAGCCGGGGGAUACCCUGCUCCAGUUCAACCCUCUGAAGCCGGUGGAUACCCCGCUCAAGUUCAACCCUCUGAAGCCAGUGUAUACCCCGCUCAAGUUCAACCCUCUAAAGCCGGGGGAUACCCCGCUCAAGUCCAACCCUCUGAAGCCGGUGGAUACCCCGCUCAAGUUCAACCCUCUGAAGCUGGUGGAUACCCCGCUCAAGUUCAACUCUCUGAAGCCGGUGGAUACCCCAAUCAAGUUCAACCCUCUGAAGCCGGGGGAUACCCCAAUCAAGUUCAACUCUCUGAAGCCGGUGAAUACCCCGCUCAAGUUCAACCCUCUGAAGCCGGUGGAUACCCCGCUCAAGUCCAACCCUCUGAAGCUGGUGGAUACCCCGCUCAAGUUCAACCCUCUGAAGCCGGUGAAUACCCCGCUCAAGUUCAACUCUCUGAAGCCGAUAAAGACCCCAAUCAAGUUCAACCCUCUGAAGCCGAUGAAGACCCUGCUCUUGUUGGUGGAAAGCCUGAUAGUACAAGUUACUUCAAUAAAGUACUUGUAUUUAUUGGUUUUAUCCUGGUUUGCUUCUUGGCAUAUGUGGCUGCUGUCAAAGGUAGUAACUAUAAUCUGCUGCUGAAAACAUCUGCACCAAGCGAUACGCAACCACUUAUCGAUCACUUCCACAUGGAGAACAUUAUUCGUAAUGGAUGCAGCCGUGAGCACCAAUCAGCCCACAAUUCAUCCAACAAGGAGAAUCCAAGAGCUUCACCACCGAUGCAAAGGAAUGACAAAGGGAAGGAAGGCCAUACACAAGAAAAAAAAGGCCAUGAACUGGAAAAAGAAAAGAAUUGGAGCAUUUUGGGUUGGUUGGUAGGGUUCUUUGUUCUGCUGCCGCUUGGAAGCGUGAUCACUUGCCUCUUCUUUAAGAAAGAUUUCUGCAAUGUACGAAGACGUAUAUUGAAGGACAACCCAAAACCUCAUGCUGGCAAAUCUCAAGAUGAAGAACACGAAUUAAUGGAACGAAAUCCAGGGUCCAAUGAAAGCCCUGGACCAGGACAAGAUAACGGCAUUUUUGGAUGCGUAAAAAAGUUGCUAAAAGCGGUAUACAAGGUGCUAAUAGCGGUAUUCAUGUUGAUAAAUGAGGUAUACAAGGUGCUUAAAGAGAUGAAAUCGGUUAUAGCCGUGAUUGAUUUCUACAACCAGGCAGUCAAGUUCUUCUGGGAGCAAGCAAAAGGGUUGGAAUUGCAGGACAAAAGAUUGCCAGUGUGGCCUAUUGCUGUCAUAGGCAUCGUGAUUGGUGCAAUCCUAAUUCCAGUGAUUGUUUAUGCUGUGUGCAAGUUUUUCAAAAAGAAAGCUUCUCCUCCUGCACCAUUGAAUGAUGAACAAGCUAGGGUUCCUCUGACCACACCAAGUAAAACAUUUUCAGAAACAAACGGUUCAGUUGUAUCCAAUGGCAACACUCACAGCGUAAUUGACGUUAUAUCAGAUGGUAACGCUCACGGCGAAGUUGAAGUUGUAUCCAAUGGUACCGCUCACAGCGCAUUUGUGGAAGAACGAAGUGCUGACUCUGACAACGCAGAAACUUAGACGGUAUGUGUGAAAGAUCGUAUUGAUCAUAUUGAGAAACAAAUUCUUCGUCCCGGUGGGUGAAUCCAGCGUGUAGCAUCCAAGCUUUACCAACGAUUGGGUCUAAGAACCAAUUUAUCGAAAGAAAUAAGAAACGUUCAUGUUACAAGCGUAGUUUAUGUAGUUUGUAUAAAAAACAACUUACUUAAUGUUGCCAUCAUGUGUUUAACUCAACUAUUCGAAGAAAAUAGACAGCUACCCUAUGCAACCUAGCAUCAGUAUUUCACCUUUGUUUUGCAUGUUAAAACGUUAGAAGUAGAUUUAUCAACAAAAACAUCAUGUGUGAAAUUGAAACUUUAGACAUGUCUUCUCAACUAUCUACUUAGUUUAUCAGUAAGAUACCUCUUUUGCAUAUAAUGUAAAUUCUGGCCCAUUAUUUUGUUUUCCCUAUUCUGAUAACAAUGAUAUAAUUUGCAACUAAUAGCAGCAAACUUAUAUUGUUUGGCAUACGGUUGAUUAAUUUUUCUUCAAGGUUAAUAAAAGUACUAGGCACUAGGUACUUGACACCAGGUUUUACUUUCAAAGAACUAUUUUUUUGAAGUUUUCUUCAGUAAUAUAUUUCCAAUUGAGAUCAUUAAACGGAAACGCUGUUGAAUUGGUAGUUUGUCAUAAUCGCUUUGUUUUGAUAUUGUCUGUGUGCUGUACGUUAAGUGGUAUCAGUAAGAAUUAUGAUGAGAAAUUGAUUCAAAUGUACAUGUUAUUAUGGUAUCUGAAUAUGCAUCUUUCCAAAAUUACUUUUUAUUUUCAAAAUGUCUUUCUUAUUUGUAUAAAGGUUCUAGAAAAGUAUUUUUGGUCAACAUCUUUCUAUGCAACAUUCAAGUACUUGUUGCAAAUAAUGUAGAUGUACAUUUUUUUUAACAAAUGCAUAAAUUAUACCUUUAUAUGUAAGAAAACACAUACUAUAUCAGCAUUAUGUAAGAUCUUGAUGAGUUGCCAUUUAAUACAAAUAAUACUAAAAUGAAUUUUGAUCAAAUGUUUCACUCAUGAAAUAAAGAGUUUGAUGCAUAUUCAAUGCUUUAUCAAAAGCAUUAUGCGUGAAUGUAUGCGUGUUUACAUCAUUAAUUGAGAAGUUUACUUUCCAAUGGUCAUUGUAGAGCAUGAACAAAUAUUCACUGUUUUAUCAAAGGUAGUAAAUGUAGGCAUGUAAACAUAAAAACAGUCUGACAUUACUUAAGCAGUUUUCUUUCUCAACUGAAUUGUUUAUAUCUUGUGUCUUUGUCUUGUCGUUUUAGUAUUGGUUAGUUAAUGUUUUGUUAUAUUCUGUACAUGUUUAUUUAUUACUACUCUUAGGUUUGGUAAAAAAUAGCUACAAUGUUUGUGCAAUGGGCAAUUUUUAACCGAAAAUGGUUAUUUACCAAUCAGAAUCAUUUAGAUGUUCAAACAAAC